UCAGAUGAGUCGAAAAUCCUAGAAGUUUCUGAGUUCUCCAAUCUCAUCUUUGUUGAAUUCGAUGGAAGAGUGCAAUGUAAGUGCAUGAAAUUCGUUUGUGAUUGGAGAUGAACGGAGGAAAAUGAGGUUAGUUUCUUUCUCUUUCCCGGAAAAUUUGGGGACGACGUUGAUCCAAAUGAAUUCUUCGAGGAUUUUGCCACAUUUAUCCUAAAGAAGUUAUAGAAUACGUUGAGCGAUCUCUCGAUUUCCAUUUUCUGCUAGUUUUGAAAAUUCUUCCAUGACGCACGCGAUUAUUGUUCCUCUUAAAUCCUCGUUCUGUUUAUUCUAGAUCUCAUUUUUUUUCACCUCGUUCUGUUUAUCAAUGGAUUCUGGAUGGUGAAUUUGAGAGGAGCGGAUGGAAAAAGGAAGGGGAAGUUACGACGAAAAUCGUGAUUGCAAUCUUCUUCAUAGCAACGGUGGUAUGAAUCGGACGCAAAAUAACAUGGACAUCGAUGAACCGAGCUCUACAGAUUUGUCGUCGAUUUCAUUGUUUUCAGGCGUCGGCUUCAUCGAGCACCCUGUUUCAAAGUACGAUACUCUUGCCGGGAUUGCCAUCAAGUACGGCGUCGAGGUCUCGGACAUCAAGAGAAUGAAUGCAUUGGUUACAGACCAUCAAAUGUUUGCUCUUAAAUCUUUACAGAUUCCAACUCCUGGAAAGUUCCCUUCUCCUCACUUUUCCAAGGAUCUUGACAUUUCCAGGAACAGUAAUUGUGAGCGAAAUGCAACUCGGUUCAUGUCCUUUAAUCUGUUGGACUCAUUCCAAUCACUGAGAAUCAAAUCCACCAAACUCAAGGCUCCUUCGGAAGCUCAUCAUGCGAACAUUCCAACAACCAGUGAAACCACUGCCUACAGAAAAGGGGAAUUCAACCAUGGGGGCACUACUACUAUUACUACUCAUCCCAUGCUGGCAUCCUCUCAUAAUCCUCAUCAAAACCGCCAUAGAAAAUCAAGAAGCUUUGCAGAUGGUUUUCAUUUUGAAAACGUUGAAUUCACCGAUAUAAUUUCCGCUCCGUACGGAGCAAUCGACUCGACCAAAGGGAGUGAAAAACUGGUGAGGAGACGCCAGAAAUCCAUGGCGGACUUCUCCAUUGCAGCCGAUAGCGUUUUGAACAAGACUUACAUCAGCAAUGGUGAAAGUUUUUCAAUGACAACGAAGAACUUGGAUGUGAGACUGGAUAGGGGUUCAAGAAUCAAUGCUACAUCUAAUGGGGUUACUGAAGUGAGUAAAUUGACACCCAUCUUAACAGAUGAUGUGGGAGGAGGCUCGUUUAUGGGUAGUAGUAAUGGGAUGAUGAUUGGUGGAAGAAGAUCAUCAAGCACAUGUAAUUUGCAGGACACAGAAAAAGGUAACUCUUCCUCAUCCAUGUGGUCUACAUCUUGGAGUUUGAAAACAGAUCUUCAAGCACUCUCAACUGCAAUGGUCACUAAGUCGAUAUUUGAUGGGUUGCCAAGGUCAACAACUAGGUACAAAGCUUCAAUGGAUUGAUAAUCAUCCAUAUUUACUUACAGAUCGAUCUAGCGCUUGUGCAGCUCAAUCAUCUAAGCCUUGUUUAUUUGUGAUUUCAAGCAAGGAUUUUGAACAAAACCCAGAAAUUUGGAGUAAUCUAU